AUGGCCAUGACCACCAUCAUCAUCAUCAACAUCAUCAACAACAACAAAUUUGGUCACACUAAUGCAGAGCUCUUUAUAAUGCAAGGCCGCUUAGUGGACUCCGCGAUAAUACAUUUUGUCAAUGACAUGAACCUGAUGCAGUUUCCGCAAAAGCACACGUUGGGACCGGAACAGCAGGUGGAUAAUGUCCCAGGCAGUCCGGACAACCAGAUGCGGCUGAACGACUCGCCCUGGAGCCUGGAUCUGGAAAACGAGCACCUGGUGUUGGGCUCACCGAUGUACAGAUGCGGGGCGGACGGGCAACACAAAAAGUCCAAACGGAGGAGGAUCAUUACCGUGGUCCAGCGGCAGGCGGCCAACGUGCGGGAGAGGAAGCGGAUGUUUAGCCUGAAUGAGGCGUUUGAUGAACUGAGGAGAAAAGUUCCCACUUUCGCCUACGAGAAGAGACUGUCCCGCAUCGACACACUCCGUUUGGCCAUCGUCUACAUCUCCUUCAUGACGGACCUGCUGUCACAGCAAAAUAGUCAAAACAGUCCAAUAUGAACUUUAUUGUAUGAAGAUCGGACUGGA